AAGAUCAUCCCGUUGAAGAAUUAUUACCUACCUACAUAACCGAUACUCGUACUCUUUAAUAACUCUAUACAUAUACACACAUAUUACCUACUCAUACUCUACGACCUACCUACCUAUCGAAAUCGAAAUUAGUUCUUAUUCUAGUGAAAUCCAGGUAUCUAAAGUAAAAAUAUUUUUGUAAAUGUUUGUAUUAGGUAAGUAUUUUGAUUAAAGAAUAAAUACAUAUGUACCUAAUUACCUACUUUGUUAUGCUUUGAUGUUUUAUUUCAUUUAUUUAACCAAAUUGUCACACAAAUAACUGAAUUUUUAAUGAAGAUUUAAAUCAAAUUUAACGACUUCCAUAAUGCCCAAUAUUAUAUCUACACAAGAUAGGUAGGUACUCAUUUUAUCAAAUAUCAACACAAAUGCUUGCGGCAUAAUAACGAGCAUGUGGACACCGCGUUUAGUUUUAAUCCUUGCCAUGAAGAAAGCUCGAAGAAAACCGACAUCUUUCAUUAAAAAGUUCAUCAACGAAGGAAUAAAAUUUUUAAAAAUUUUCGUAUCUGCAACAUCCAUUCAUGGCUUGAUUCACUUCACAGGACCAAGAAUUCAUCUUAUUGAGCGAAUGUUAUGGUUGAUUUCAUUCGUAUUAUGUUUGUAUGGUGCGACAAUUUUAAGUUUAUCUACUUGGAAAAGAUAUCAGGAGACACCUACAGUCAUAUCAAUGGAAAGAAACUGGAAAGAUUGGAAUACAUCUUUUCCUUCCAUUACUAUAUGCCCUACAGAAAAGUAUGACGAAUUGGCGUUGCAAGAACUUAUAGAUACCGAGUUCAAAAAUUACACUAACAAGGAAGAAAUCUCCAACUUUUUGAUUCAUCUCGCAAACGCCACUUACUUCACGUUUAUAAAUGUACCAGAAAUCGGAACGAACAUUGUACCACCCUCCAGAUAUAUAGAAUUUAUAUAUAGGAUUCGUUUCAAUUUGAGAUACGUUCUAAGUAACAGCAAUAUGGAAUUGUUCAACAUCAGUACCUUGGACUUGACCAUCACGGAGCUUGGUAUUUGCUACGCUUACAAUAGUCGUGUAGCCAUUUAUAACUCAUACAGCUAUUGGUUAUCAAAAAACUGGACAAUUUUAUCCAGUGAUAAGUUGAUAGAAAGGAAUCCUCUGGAUGGCGACAUGUUUGGUCAAAUAAUGAACAUGAGUAGUGGUUAUUAUGGAUUUAUUCACAGUCCAAUGGAAGCUCCAGAUAUCGCAGCUUACAUGCUGUUCUCUCCCAGCUAUGUGUUUAAAUCGAUUGAAUUAACAGCUUUAUCCACCUACAGUACGAGUAAAGUGAAAGAUCUGAACAUCGAGCAACGUAAAUGCAGAUUCUUCAACGAAUCCAAUCUCAUUACAAGUCCAGUGUACGCCUAUCGAUUAUGUAGAAAUGAAUGUCGAAUGAAAUUAGCCCAUAAGUUAUGCGGCUGUAUUCCUCAUUUUUACCGGCCUUCGUAUCAAUACAAAAUAUGCGAUGUCAAAGGAAUGCAUUGCCUUGGCCAAUAUUCUGAAUUGCUGGUAAAAUUGAAAGAUUCGCUGACAAAUAAUAAAAUCCAAUGUCCUUGUCAUUUACCAUGCGAAUAUACUAUUUAUGUUGUGGAAACGGAAGAAAAUAUGGAAUGGCCUUUCGGAACAUACAUCAAGUGGAGCUUAUCAAAAUAUCCGAGGAUGAGAUUAAAACGAGACAUAUUAUUUGGAUUCAGCGACGUAUUAGUUUCGGUUGGCGGAACAUUUGGUUUAUUUUUGGGAAGUAGCGUUUUGAGUUUUAUGGAGAUUUUGUAUUUUUUCACAUUGCGUCUUUAUUUGUACAUUAUGAGACAAUCUUGAAUUUCUGCGAUCGCAGUAAGACUAAAUU